AUGCAUACUUCUGGAUCGCCUUUGUCCUCGGCUCACUCCGAUGAACCAACUACAACUGCUGCCGACGUACUUCGAACUACUUCUUGUAUUCUAACCCCCUUACCAGUCCAUAAUCAUUUGUCAGAUCCAUACAUACACUUAGGGUGUUCACCGGCAGCAUAUAGCAACAGCUCUUGUGCACCUUUAUAUUCUUCUAUUCCUCCUCAUUUGGAUCAAAUAGAUUCUCUUUCCUUUCUUCCCACAACCCUUCGAAUAAAUUCUUCAUUUAUCAACCCUUUCGAAACCAGUUUUGAUAUACCGACUUCCCACUGCUCGGCAUCAUUUAUUAAAGGCCCUAUUGUCCCUUCGGUUGCUUUCCCUUCAGGCUUUCAACUCCUUCCAUCGUCACUUUCUUCCUCACUACCAUCGACAGAUCGGCCUAGCUCCCUAGUUUCUCUCAAUACCCCUUUCUCUCUUUCUGGAUCUGCCUACACCAUGCUGCAAAGCGGCUUAACCCGCUGCCUAUCCACACAGUCUCAUGUAGGCUCAGCAGACAUCGUAUCUCCUGGAAUUCUUCAAUCUGUUACUCCACCUAUUCUGGCUGCGAUGCCACAUACACUUUUAUCGUCAUCGUCGACGAAAAUUUUAUGCCCUUCUAGCUCUGGCCUGCAUUCAGACUCCUUUACUCAGUCGGCUGAACAAACAGUUUCUCCGAGUCAAGCACUGAAUGAAAACUCUGAUUUCGCUUCAUUGUCUGGCCUUAAUUUAGGCUUGAAAGUACCAUCGGGCCGAAAUGAAACAGGUGGGAUGCUUCUGAUUUCCGUAAGCCUUGUUUUUGUAAAAUAA